AUGGAAAACCUCACGCCUGAACAAUGGCGCGAGAUCAUGAGCAAGAAGAUGCGGUUCCCUCCGGAGCUCAUCAGUGCCAUUCAGGAGGAGAAAAUAGAGAUGCUGUCUGGACUUCUGAGGACCGGCGACGGCAUCGUCCGCCAGCUAGAUGAGUCUGAGGACCGCCAGUGGAGGGAGGCCCUCAACCUGUCCAUCCGCCUGGGCAACGAGAGCUGCAUGGACACCCUCCUGCAGGGGGUCAAGUUUGACUUCCGGCAGAUUCACGAGGCUCUCCUAGUCGCCGUGGACACCAACCAGCCCAGAGUUGUGAAGCGCCUGCUGGACCGCCUUGACCAGGAGAAAGGCAACAAGAUGGAUGUGCGCUCAUUCUCUCAGGCCAUCUUUGACCACUCCAUUGACAACUCCCAGUUUGCCCCUGGUGUGACUCCUCUGACGUUGGCCUGCCAGAAAGACCUGUAUGAUAUCGUGACCAUGCUCACCAAAAAAGGUCACGUCAUCCCGUGGCCGCAUAGGAUAUCCUGUGACUGUCUGGAGUGUCGUAACGGACGUCAGUACGACCUUUUGAAGUUCUCCCUGUCUCGUAUCAACACCUACCGCGGCAUCGCCAGCCGCGCCUACCUGUCCAUCACCUCCGAAGACGCCAUGCUCAGAGCUUUCAGUCUCAGCAGAGAGCUCCGUAAGCUCUCGCAAAAAGAGCCGGAGUUUAAGCCUCAGUAUCUGGGCCUGGAGGAGCUUUGUCAGGAGUUUGCCGUUGAGUUGCUGGGCAUGUGUCGCAACCAGAGCGAGGUGACCACUAUCCUGAACAGCUGUGGAGACGAAAGCCAGGACUCCUUAGAGGAGCAGGCCUUCGAGGAGGGAAUCCCCAACCUGUCACGUCUGCGGCUUGCUGUCAACUUCAACCAGAAGCAGUUUGUGGCCCACCCAAUCUGCCAGCAGGUGCUGUCAUCUAUCUGGUGUGGGAACCUGGCAGGAUGGAGAGGCAGCCGGACGACCUGGAAGCUGCUUGUCUCCAUGGGGAUCUUUAUCACCAUGCCCAUCCUCUGCUUCGUUUACUGGAUCGCACCUAAGUCAAAGGUAGGAAAGAUACUCAAGAUUCCUGUGAUCAAGUUCCUCCUCCACUCCGCCUCCUAUCUGUGGUUUCUCAUCACGUUACUCGGGGAGUCAAUAACAAUGGAGGUGUAUCGAGGCAGAUUUGCUUCCCGGCAACAGAACCUCCUGCACAGUUCCUUCCACAUGGUGUGGGUGGUCGGAUUCUUCUGGUUCGAGUGUAAGGAAGUGUGGAUCGAGGGGCUGCAGAGCUACUUCCGGGACUUGUGGAACUGUUUGGAUAUGAUGGUGCUCAGCAUGUACCUGGCCUCCUUUGCGUUGCGUUUGCUUAUAAUGCUCAAAGGUUACUUUGUUUGCCAUGAUCACAACGGCACAGAGGAGUGCAUCUACUUCACUCAGACUGAGCGCCAGGACUGGCAUCAGGAGGACCCCCAGCUGCUUUCGGAGGUGCUGUUUGCAGUGACCAGUAUGUUGAGCUUCACACGGCUGGCGUACAUCCUGCCAGCACAGGAGUCUCUGGGAACUCUGCAGAUCUCCAUGGGGAAGAUGAUUGAUGACAUGAUGAGAUUUAUGUUUAUAUUGAUGAUCAUUGGCACAGCCUUCCUCUGUGGCAUCAACAAUGUCUAUGUUCCUUAUGUCAUCUCUCCACAUCUUGGCAGGUUUAAUGAGACGUUCCACUUCUUAUUCUGGACCAUGUUCGGCGUGGCCAACCAGGACUACGUGGACAUGCCACAGUUUGUGUUGGCCGAGUUUGUCGGAAGGAUUAUGUACGGCAUCUUCACGCUCAUCAUCGUCAUCGUACUGCUCAACAUGCUUAUUGCUAUGAUCACCAACUCCUUUCAGAAAAUUGAGGAUGAUGCAGAUGUUGAGUGGAAAUUUGCCAGAUCGAAGCUGUACCUCAGUUAUUUCAGAGAGGGCCUCACCAUGCCUGUGCCCUUCAACAUCAUCCCCUCACCAAAAGCUGUUUUUUACAUCUUAAGGGGUAUCUUUAGACGAAUCUGCUGCUGCACUUUUACUUCUGAGAACAAAUAUCCCCCUUUAGCCUGUGAGAACGAUGGUAAGGGAUCUGAAGACAAUCAGUUGCCGUACCGCCAGCAGGUGAUCAGAGCUCUAGUGCAACGCUACAUUGAAUCGGCACGCAGGGAAUUCGAGGAGACCAAGAGGAAAGAUGUCGGUAAUCGGAUCACUUUGCUGACCAAAGCGGUCUCCAGGAUGCACGGUGAUAUCAAACUGGUCCAGCAGGUUUUGAUGGAUGAUGGACACACUGCUAAUGAUGCACUGACCAAGGAUGGCUCCUCCUUUCUGGGGAAAUACAUCAUUGGUGCCAAGAACAAUUUCAGAGGGUUUAACAGCAGACAGGACGAGACAAAUGUAUCACUUAAAGUGACAGUGCACAAUGGAGAGGAAGGUGAUGAUAAAGAAAAGCUUGACUCAGAUACAAAACAAGAGUCAGACACACAACAGAAUGAGGUGAGCGAAUGUAGAGCAGAGGGAUCAGAGCAGGUAACGGAUCAUGAUGUGGUGAAAAUGGAGGAAGGCAGAGCUAAAAUAGAGCUAGGUGAUGAGAAGGAAACUGAUAAAAAAGAGCAGGUGGAAGCAGACAGAAAUGAAGUGAAAGAGGAAGUGGCGGCAGGGAGAAGUUUUAAUCAUGUAGAAGAAAAGCAAAAAGAGGCCCCACAGGAUGAGGCAGAAAAAAGAAGAGAGGGAGAGAUACUCACGGUGGUGGAGGAUUGUGAAAAACACACCGAGACGACCUCCCAAAAAGUGGAGGCAAAAGGGAUGAAGGGUAAACAAUUUGAGCGUGAUGUAGCAGAUAAGUCUGGUUUAAGGGAGAGCAAUGUAAAACCUGGAGCCAAGACAAUUAUUCCCUCACCAACAGGCAGCAGCAGCUCCAAGGACACGGGCUUCGGUUCCAGAGAAGGGGAGGGGUCGAUUGACGGGACGUUAGUGAGACAGUAA